CAGCUUGAGAAUUUCUAUAUCCAUGGCUGUAAGUCACCAGGCUCCUAUAUCAAGAUUCCUGCCAAUAUUAUUUCCAGCGGGACAUUUGACAUUUGUAACUCUGAUGGAUCCCUCAUGGCCUUUAUAUGCUCAGCUCUACCUUAUCACAUUUGGGAGUGUUUGACAGAUGAUCUUGUGUCAUGUUUUGAUGGUGAAAAUAUCCUG